CUUUCCUUUUUAUUUUAUUAUUCUUCCUAUUCCAAAAUAUUAAAUAAUCGAAAAUGAAAAUAAUUACUUACAACUCGGAUCAUUGGUUUAUAAGUAAUUCCAUUAUCACCACCUUGCCUCGAUCUUGUAAACCCCGGUUUUGAAUCAGCGAAAUCUCUCUCUCUCUCGCCAUUACUAUUUGUAUGAUUGUAUCCAACUCAACUUCUCCUUUUUUCAAAUCCCACCUCUUGUUCCUAGCAGUUGAAACCUCUUCAACUUUCUUUUUGCAUUUUUCAAGUAUUAAAAUCCGUCAUCAUAGCUGUUUUUUGUUCGCAUUUCUUGAUCCUAGUUGUUGUUUGUAAUGAUGGCUCAUAAGCAGUUUCUGCAUGAGCUACUGAAAGAAGAUCAGGAGCCGUUUCACCUGAAGAGCUACAUUGCGGACAGGCAAUCCCAGUUGAAGAACCCCUCUUGCGCCACCACUUUACAGCUCAGGAAACGCAGGCCCCUCGUCCCCGAAACCUCCGCUAAACGCAGCAAUCUCUGCAAACAUGCCUGUUUUUUCUCGUUCCAGAACUCGCCGGACGUUAGGAAGUCUCCGUUUCUUGAAUUCCCCUCGCCGGCGAAGAGCCCCUGUAAGUCACCCAACCGCGCUGUGUUCCUCCACAUCCCCUCAAGAACUGCCGCGCUCCUCCUGGAAGCCGCGAUGAGGAUCCAGAAACAGCAGCAGGCAAAGCCCAAGAGCCAGAGUAAAAACGUCGGGUUCGGGUUGUUUGGUUCUUUUCUGAAAAGACUCAAGGAUCGGAGCAAGAACAAAAGGCGUGCUAUUGGGGACAACGACCUCAAAGUUUCGGAAGGAAAUGCGACAGCAGUCGAAGAGAAAGUAGAAGAAACUAUUAGGAUUUCGUGUUCUUGUAGUAACCGUAGGCUCAGCAGCGCUGAUUGGACAGAGAACAAUGAAGAUAAAUCCCUGGAUUUUGAGGCAUCCACUAGCAGUUGUGGUUCAGAAUGCUCGGAGGAGAUUAAUCCCGAUUUUGGUUUUAGUGAACCACGCUUUUGCUCUAGCCCUUUCAGAUUCGCUCUACGCAGAAGCCCGUCAUCCUCCGGCCGCCGCACGCCGGAGUUCUGUUCUCCGGCAGCUUCACCCCGUCGCCACGUAAAAAAGGAAAAGGAAAAUUACGAAUCGAGAAGUUUGGAAAAUUUACGAGGAGGAGAAGAAGAGGAAGAGAAGGAACAAUGUAGUCCGGUAUCGGUACUGGAUCCUCCUUUUGAAGAUGACGAUGGACAUGAAAGCAGAGACGCAGAAGAGGAUGAUUAUGACAUUGAAUGCAGCUACGCCAAUGUACAAAGAGCCAAACAGCAGCUUUUGUACCGGCUCCGGAGAUUUGAAAAACUUGCAGAACUGGACCCAAUGGAACUUGAGAGAAAGUUGCUCGAAGGGUCGGACGAGGAUGACCUAGGAGGAGAAAUGGGACGAGAAUCCGAGGAUGAUGAUCCGUUGUCACUGUACAGACAGCAAGACACUAUAGACUCAAUCGUGGCUGAAGUGUUGAACCAAUCAAGCCUUGAAUGUCAUACCAUGAGCAUGUCGAGCGACAUGAAGAAGCUUGUCACCGACCUAAUAAUCGAGGAAAAGAGUAAAACAAAUUGCUCGGGCAACAACGAUGUGGUGAUGCGUAGAAUCUGCUGCAGGUUGGAUGCGUGGAAACAAGUGCAGUUCGACACGAUUGAUAUGAUGAUCGGGUUGGAUUUCAGGAGAGAGUACGAUGAUUGGAAAAAGUUCCCGGAGCAGGUGGAGGAGACAGCAGCUGAAAUCGAGCUUGCGAUUUACGGGCUGCUGCUGGAAGAAUUGUUGUCGGACGAGGAACUGUUUCACAUGAACACGCAACAUCAGGAACUGGAUCUUGUAUGUGCUCAUUGAACCAUCAUGUAUACUUGUUUUAGAUGUCGUGUCUUAAUUCGUAGGUAGUCUGUAAUCUGAGGGUAGUUAUCUCAUGGAUGGGGGAGAUUAGUGUAUGUAAGCUUAUUAAUCCUUCAAUCAGACAUAUUCACAACUGAUAAACCUCUAAUUUCUCUAGAGAAAAAAGAAAGAAAUCUUGCAUUCA